AUGGAUCAAGGCAGGCACAAAAUGGAAGGCUUAAUUCCAUAUAUUUAUCACGCCAUCAAGAAGCAAAGACCUCAGCGCAGGCACCGGUCAUCCUUUACUGAGAGCAUCUCCACCCAUGCUAGCUACCAUCGCUUGAUGAGUGGCCAUGAUGUCUCAGAGGCCUCAUCUCUUCGUCGAACACCGCCGGAAGUUAUUCGUUCGCGUAGCUUCGAGGAAGAAGGUGGUGCUUCUGCUGCUCCUCCAGGCCGCAUUGGAUCAUCAAAGUGUUCAAAAGUGGAGCUUCCUUCAUAA